UCAAUCUCUCUCAUUUUCAACUCUCCGACCAGGCGACCACAACCUCGUACUGGGCACUUCCAUUCUUGAAUUGUUCUUACUCUUCCUCUCAAAUCUCUCCAAAAUCUUCGCCUAAAAUAAUUCCAAUGUGUCAUCCCGUUGCUGCCCGUCUUCUUCUAAUACUGCUGACAGUUGUUGUCUCAGCGACGGCUUCACCAAACGAUCAUCGCUACAAUGUAGGAGAUGAAGUUCCUCUCUACGUCAACAAAGUAGGUCCCCUCAACAAUCCCAGUGAAACUUAUGAAUACUAUGACUUGCCUUUCUGCUCCCCAGGCCAGGUGAUCCCUAAGCAGGAAUCGAUCGGGGAGGUUCUGAAUGGUGAUCGUUUAGCCAACACCUUAUACGAGUUAAAGUUUGCAGUGAACAAAUCCAAUGUGGUUCUGUGCCAUAAAAAACUCAGCAGGGAUGAGGUAGCAAACUUCAGGAAUGCUAUUAUUAAUGAUUUUUACUUUCAAAUGUACUAUGAUGAUCUCCCUUUUUGGGGAUUCAUUGGGAAAGUAGAGGACGAAAAUUGGACCCUGGAUGGAAAACGACCCAUGUAUUUCCUCUUCAACCAUGUUCAGUUUGAUGUUCUUUAUAAUGACAAUCAAGUCACCGAAAUACGUGCCUUUAGUGAUCCAAAUCAUGCUGUUGAUAUAACAGAAGAUGUUGAGCUCGAUGUUGAGUUCACUUAUUCAGCAUUCUGGAAUGAAGAAGCCCCGACUCAGCAUAAGAGCAGAACCGCUCGAUAUUCAAAGGCUUCUUUACUUCCGCUGCAGCAGAAAAUCCAUUGGUUCUCGUUCAUAAAUUCAAUCGUUAUCAUUGUUCUGCUGACCGGAUUUUUCGUCAUGGUUCUCAUGCAGCGUCUGAAGAACGACCUGAGGAAAUUUUCUGGUGGCGAUGAAGAGGAAGAUAAAGAAGUAGGGUGGAAGUACCUUCACGGGGAUGUGUUCAGAUGUCCCUCAAACAUGCCUCUAUUUUGUGCCAUUUUAGGUGCUGGCACCCAGUUGUUGACUUUGAUUUGCUUCUUAUUUGUUUUGUCAUUUCUCGGCGUCCUUUAUCCCUAUAACCGAGGAGCUCUGUCUACUUCUUUGGUUAUUAUUUAUACUCUUACAUCUGCAAUUGCUGGCUUCACCUCUGCCUCCUUCUACAGUAAAUUUGUUGAAACUGGAUGGGAAAGAAGUGUUAUUUUGGCUGCAAUGCUCUUCCUUGUACCAUUCCUACUUCAAGGGUUCAUUCUAAAUUUAGUGGCCGCGUCUUUCAAGGCCACUUUAGCACUUCCUUUUGGCACCAUACUGGUUAUUCUUCUUAUAUAUGCUCUCAUAGCUAUCCCGUUGCUUACCCUCGGGGGUGUGGUAGGGUAUCGCUGCAGGUCUGAAUUUCAAGCGCCUUCUGCCCAAAAGAAGUCUCCAAGAGAAAUUCCGUCGCUUGCAUGGUAUCAAAAGACUCCCGGGCAAAUGUUCCUUGCUGGUCUGUUGCCUUUCAGUGCUAUUGUCCUCGAGUUACACCAUUUGUACACUAGCAUCUGGGGGCACAAAAUUUUCACUCUCCCCGGGGUUUUAUUUGUGAUGUUCGUAAUCCUUAUCUUGCUCACCCUGAUCCUAAGCAUUGGUUUGACGUAUUUUCAGCUGACUGCUGAAGACCACGAGUGGUGGUGGCGGUCUAUUUUCCGUGGGGGCUCAACCACUGCGUUCAUGUUUGCCUACAGCAUCUAUUUCUACUACAAAUCGAACAUGAGUGGCUUCUUGCAGACGAGCUUCUUCUUCGGAUACACUGCCUCUAUGUGCUACGCAUUUUUCAUCGUCCUCGCUACAAUCAGCUUCCUCGCGUCCUUCAUGUUUGUUUGCCACAUCUACCGCGCAGUCAAGAGCGAGUGAGACAGCAUCUUCUCGGGCUUAAUCUCCGAUGAUACAAUCCUAGAAUGUCUGCACCCAACAAUCUUCAGCUCCUAGUGUGUGUGAAAAGCAUAUAUAUCCAGUGGGCAAGAGUCUGCUUUCCAUUGAAUUUGAAGCCUCUCUUUCUCUCUCUCUAUAUAUAUUUACCUGUAAGUUCUGGGAGUCUUUUGUUGAAUUCUUUUGAUAGCUAUAAACUAUGAAUCUAUGAUUAGUGUUUUGGACAAACAGAGAUUUGAGGUUAUUAGCAUCAUCAUACAUGGUGCCCGGGAACAUUAUUAACACUGUAAAACUCACAUUCUUACUGUACAAUUUAUCCUCUAUUAAUAUAAUUGCUGUGCUUUAUAAGAGUUCAAGAGUCA